UGCGCUUCAAGCCCACGCCUAUCACCGGUGUGUGUGUGUGCGUUGUUGGGCUUUUUGUCCCGCUUCGACUCCCGUAUUUCAAGUGGCAUCGGAUUUCACACCACCACCUCUGUCCUCUUCUUCGUCUUCUUCGGGUUGGUGUCGUUGAAGCGCGCGCGGGCCCGACCUCUUCAACAUAUCAUUCUACAUUUCAACACCUUCGGUUGUUGAUUUGAUAAAACAGUCUAUAACAAACACGGCAAGCGAACGAAACGUGUUGUUGUACCGGGGUGCGUUAUCCGCGUGGCUUUCCCGUUUGCGAUCCGCGUCCGCGUGGUUCUGUUGUUAUUGCCGAAUGCCAAGAAGUGUUGAUGAAGUUGUAAAGUGAAGAAGCAUGUUUGUUUGACUGCACGCAAAGUUCCUAAGUUGGUUUGUUUCGUGAAGAGUGACAAAGUGACCAUGCCGCGGCCAUCGCGCGAAUCUUACGGCGACCAAAAGCCCCCGUACUCGUACAUCUCGUUGACCGCGAUGGCCAUCUGGAGUUCGGCGGAGAAGAUGCUACCGCUGAGUGAUAUCUACAAGUUCAUUACGGACCGGUUUCCGUACUACCGGAAGAAUACGCAGCGCUGGCAAAACUCGUUGCGGCACAACCUUAGUUUCAACGAUUGCUUCAUCAAAGUUCCACGCCGGCCGGACAGGCCAGGCAAGGGCGCCUACUGGGCGCUUCAUCCACAAGCUUUUGACAUGUUCGAGAACGGAUCGCUGCUCCGUCGGCGAAAACGCUUCAAACUACACAAGUCCGACAAGGACAUCCUGAACGAAGAGCUCGCCGCCCUAGCCAACAUCAACCGGAUAUUCCUGGCGCAAAACUCGGGCGGUGUCACCGGAGGACCGGACGUGUACUGUCCUACCAUGGUCGAUCCGAUCCACCAACCCAUGCUACAUUCCCCUAUCGAACCGCACUCACCCGUGCAAACCGCACCGAUCUCGCCGAUCUCAAUCACCGAAACCACCGUCCCGAUGCGACCCAAGCGGGCCUUCACCAUCGAGAGUCUCAUCACCCCGGACCGAGGUCGCCAAACCCCAUCCCUUAAAAAAUCAUCCCCCAACAAAUCCUCCGACAAGCUGAACCUCCUCGACGACCAUCCCCGGAUACCGUCCCUGUUGCAGCAACUCCCGACGCUCCCACCAGCGACCUCCAUCCCGGGAGCCAACAUCCCACCCUUCUUCCCCUACCACCAUCCGGCCCUGGCCGGCGCCUAUGACCUGCCGUUCCACCCGCUGCUCAUGAUGGCCGCUCCGCACCUCGGAGCCAUCCCGCCGCACUAUUUCCAUCACAGCUCCUAUCACAAUGUAACGCUACACCCGGGAGCCGGUGAAGGAGGAGGCGGCGGAGGAGGAGAUCGAGGGACCGCCGGUAAUACCGGAACCGGUUCGACCGCUGGGGCAGCAGCUGGUGGUGGUGGUGCAAACGCAGCUGACUCGUCGUCAGGCCCAACCGACUUGAGCCGGCUUAGCGCAGGGCACGCGCUACGGACGGCGUGAGGAAGGAACCGUGAAAGAGAGACCCGGUGAAACAGAGAAGGAGGAGGUGUCUGUGACAAAUCACUCUAACUUGCGAUCGAAGGCUGUUUGUUGUUUAGUAACCUAUGUAAAAGUGUGUAUAUUUCGACGUUUUUCUUUCUGUUUUCUAUAUCCGUAAGUGUAAGAUAUAUUCGUGUGUAAUGGAAUCCUAUAAAUGUAUUGUAAACAA